GGGCCGGGCGGCGGCGCCGCAGUGACUCUCUGGGCCCGGCAUUGGCGGCAGCUUCCGAGGUUUCAGAGAAGCGGACUGGGUGGCCGGCGGGUCCUUGCGGCCUCCAGCGACCUUUGUGCAGAGCCCUUCACUCCUCGGGCAGCUGCGGUGGUGAACACACCCGGGGGCGGCGGCCACGGCGGACAGGUUAGCGUGGGGGAAGGGGCGAGCGCCUGAGUAGCCCAUCUCCAGCCCCGGAGUCCGAGCCGGCCCAUCUCCCACCAUGUCCGACGAGGCGUCGGCCACCACUUCCUAUGAGAAGUUUCUAACCCCAGAGGAACCCUUCCCGCUCCUAGGAGCCCCUCGUGGGGUGGGCACCUGCCCCAGCGAGGAACCUGGCUGCCUGGACAUCAGCGACUUCGGCUGCCAGCUCUCCUCCUGCCAUCGCACGGAUCCGCUCCACCGGUUUCACACCAACAGGUGGAACCUCACUUCUUGUGGGACAAGUGUCGCAAGCUCAGAAUGUAGCGAGGAGCUGUUUUCAUCGGUUUCUGUGGGAGAUCAAGAUGAUUGCUAUUCCCUGUUGGAUGAUCAAGACUUCACUUCUUUUGACCUAUUCCCCGAAGGAAGUGUCUGCAGCGAUGUCUCCUCCUCUAUCAGCACUUACUGGGAUUGGUCAGAUAGUGAAUUUGAGUGGCAGUUACCAGGCAGUGACAUUGCCAGUGGAAGUGAUGUACUUUCUGACGUCAUACCCAGUAUUCCCAGUUCACCUUGCCUGCUUCCUAAAAAGAAAAACAAACACCGGAAUCUAGACGAGCUUGCUUGGAGUGCGAUGACAAAUGAUGAGCAGGUGGAAUAUAUUGAGUAUCUGAGCCGUAAAGUCAGUACUGAGAUGGGCCUUCGGGAGCAACUUGAUAUUAUUAAAAUUAUUGAUCCUUCUGCUCAGAUCUCCCCUACUGACAGUGAGUUCAUUAUUGAACUUAACUGUCUCACAGAUGAAAAACUGAAGCAGGUCAGAAACUACAUCAAGGAGCAUAGCCCUCGUCAGCGGCCUACAAGGGAGGCCUGGAAGAGAAGCAACUUCAGCUGUGGGAGCACCAGUGGAGUGAGCGGCGCCAGCGCCAGCGCCAGCGCCAGCAGCAGCAGCGCCAGCAUGGUCAGUUCGGCAAGCAGCAGUGGGUCCAGUGUUGGCAACUCUGCUUCAAACUCCAGUGCCAACAUGAGUCGAGCACACAGUGACAGCAACCUGUCUGCAAGUGCAGCGGAGCGGAUUCGGGAUUCAAAAAAACGAUCCAAGCAGCGAAAAUUACAGCAGAAGGCCUUCCGCAAGAGGCAGCUGAAGGAGCAGAGGCAGGCCCGGAAGGAGAGGCUUAGUGGGCUCUUCCUUAAUGAAGAGGUAUUGUCCUUGAAAGUGACUGAAGAAGACCACGAAGCAGAUGUUGAUGUUUUAAUGUAAUAGGGUGAAUUUAUCAACAUUCUUCCUAAGCAUUAUUCUGUCUUCAUUGGUUUACAUGUAUCUUGACCAAAAGUUUGGUUACGGUUGUGCUGAUGUACCAUUAAUAAUUUAGGCCAGUGGUUCUCAGAGGGUAGUUCCAGUACCUACAGCUUCAGCAUCACCUGAAAAGAUGUUAGAAUUGCAUUUGAACCCCAUUCCAGACCCAUAGACAGUAUGGAUUUGGGGUAGCACUAUGUUUUAACCAAUGCCAAGCUAUUCUCAUGCACAUUCUAAUUUAAGAACCGCUGGUAAAUGUCUUAACUAUUUUAACUUUAUGGUGAUUAAGUGGGCUUUUCAAAGACUAGUACAUUUACAGUUUGGGGGAUUUUAAAGUACAAGUAGUUUAUUUUGUCACUAUAUGUGUGGGGUCCACAAUUCAGUUCCUUCUUAAUGAUAAGAUUUCUUAGUUUACUUUUUUUCAAGAGGGCCACAGUAUAAUUAUCAGUUCCUAGGGGCAAAUCUUUUUUGAGGUGAGGGUGAGCAUAAGGUAUGCAUUGCUGUUUACAAUAGUGCCUUCAUUAGGUUUAGUUCCAUUUCCAUUAAGUGUUAAUGCAAAGGUAUAAGAAAAGGCCCUAAUCUUUUCCAAUUAGAUGUGUUUUUUGUUUUUCUAUACUUUAUGUCAAGUGAGAAUUAUUUCUGCAAGUAAUAACUACUGAGAAAAUAAUGCUACACUAGCGAAAUUUUAGACUUAAUGCUAUGUUGAUUAAUUUUCAAAUGAAGACUCCAAUUAAGCAAUGAUACCAAUCAAACUUUCCCAUUGCAUCCUUACAUUUUAGCCUGUCAGAUAAUCUCUAAACUAGAUAAUUUAUCUGUUUUUCUCUAUCAAAAUUGUUUUAUGCAGCACAUCUCCAAUUUUUUAUAUUUGGUUGAACAGCUUACAGGCAUGUGAACAGGUUAAUGUUAAAAAUUGACUGGUAGACCACUUAAGAGUUCUACCAAACUUCAGAAACUGCUGUGAGUCUACAAAGCAAUGGAGUAUAGAAAAUACCUUUGUGGAUUCCUAAUAGGAUUCUAACUCUAAAUGUGAAAUAUGGAGUUUCUUUAACAUUUUCAAAGAAUUAAUUAUCAUGAACUUAGAAAUAGUCUCCUUUUCUUCUUCUGUAAGUCUUUGAGCUUUUACCCAGGCUAGAGAAGAUAGAAACCGAGACUACUGACAAUCAAUUUGCUUUCUGACUUUCAUUUCUAUUACAGCAUUUAGAAGGCAAACUGAUUGUGUGGUGAAUAUUUUGAAAAGACUAUAGAGUUCAGAGGUUAAUAGGGUUUCAAUAGUAUUUAACUUAAGUUCUUCAAAAGGAUUAACAACUAAAAUCCCUUCAUUUUUAGUUGAUAUAAAGGCUUAAAUUUUACGAAAUUAAAAGUUAAGAUUUAAUCCUGGUAUGCUAGCACAUGCCUUUAAUCCUAGCAUUCAGGAAGCUGAGAUGGGGAU